CCAUUGUUAAAGUGCUGAAUUGACAAUGAAGUUCCGAGCGAAGAUAAAUGAUGUUGGAUGCCUAAAUCAUUUCACACAAACAGACCAGUGACAAGUUGAAGUAAAAUCCAACAUCAAGUAGGCCACCAUGAGCCACCAGAACAGCUUUAAUGUGCCCUGGCAUUGAUUCUGUACAUCUCUGGAACUGUAGUGGAGGGAUGAACUGUUUCUUGCAUAUUACCUCCUUUGGCAUUUUGAUGAUGGUGUAGUGGUUAGUACUGUCGCCUCAUAGCAAGAAGGUCCUGCGUUUGAACCUCAUGGCUGACGAGGGCCUUUCUAUGUGGAGUUUGCAUGUUCUCCCCGUGUCUGUAUGGGCUUCCUUCCACUUCUAAAAAGACAUGCAGAUAAGGCUAAUUUUUUUGACGAGUAUCAACUGGAAGGUGUGUCAGAAGACGCUAAUGAAAUAUGUUUAGAAGUAAAUCCAGAGAACCUAUCCAGAGCUUUAAAAACUGCACAGAAUGCCAAGUCUGUCAAAAUAAAACUGACAAAGAAGCACUACCCAUGCCUCACUCUUGCUGCAGAACUGCCUUCCCUCUCAUCCAUUAGCCGCAUUGUCACCCAUGACAUCCCUGUGGACGUCAUUCCCAGAAGGCUUUGGCAUGACUUUAAAGAGCCCAGCAUGCCAGACUUUGAUGUUAGCAUAUAUUUACCUCCUCUGAAGACUAUGAAGAGCGUGGUAGACAGAAUGAAGAACCUCUCCAACUAUUUGGUAGUGGAGGCUAACCUAUGUGGUGAAAUGAAUCUAAAGAUUGAAACAGAUCUUGUGUCUGUGACAACACACUUCAAAGAUCUUGGCAAUCCUCCAUGGGGUGCCUCACAGUCUCAAAGUCAGAGCAGAGAUGUCGAGGCCAUGGCACAUGCACGGGUGGAUAUUAGGAAACUUCAGCAAUUCCUUACGGGCCAGCAGGUCAACCCAACCAAGUCCAUGUGCAAUAUUGUUGACAAGAAGAUUAUUCAUUUGAUUCUUCUUCAGGAAGAUGUGUCUCUUCAGUACUUCAUCCCAGCUGUGGUGUAAUGUGGAUUUUUUUUUUUAAUUCAAAUUAACUUUCCACAGUGAUAUAUUUGUUACUGAUAAAAGGCAGUAUCUAAUGCACAUAUCUGUUAAGUGUUUCUCUGCCAACAGUGUUUUGCGACUAGUACAGAGAACUCACGAUUGAUGUCCAGAUAAAUUUGAUUGUCAGCAUUUAUUACUUUCAUUAAAAUUUUACUCUGGAAUACAUCCUGUACAUUGCUCCACACUUAAGUUUAAAAUUGACUUUGUGUAACAUUUUGUAAAGUUGAGUUGUAAAUGCUUGUUUUGCAAUAAAAGUAAAAGAUUGAUAAGUCAGAUAAAAAAUUAAUCAUCAGUGAUGCUCAAAUUUCAAAAUUUUUUGACCAUACAGUUCUAUGGGCCGCUAUAGACACCCUAGCCGGAAAGAGGGGGAGGGGAGAUGAAUGAGAAAAGGUAGAAGCACAAUGGCUUUGCUGCUUGGCCUCCAAAUAUAGCUGCAAGCAGCAAUAAGGGGGCCAGGCAUACCAGCAGCAGAGCACAGUUGUCAUGGAAACAUCAUGUAAUUUUGUCAAGGGCAUGGCUGUAUUUACUCCCAGCAAGUUUCAUGUCAAUUAACCAAAGAUUGGCCAACAUACACUACCGUUCAAAAGUUUGGGGUCACCCAGACAAUUUUGUGUUUUCCAUGAAAAGUCACACUUUUAUUUCCCACCAUAAGUUGUAAAAUGAAUAGAAAAUAUAGUCAAGACAUUUUUCUGGCCAUUUUGAGCAUUUAAUCGACCCCACAAAUGUGAUGCUCCAGAAACUCAAUCUGCUCAAAGGAAGGUCAGUUUUAUAGCUUCUCUAAAGAGCUCAACUGUUUU